CAAUUUGCAAGAAAAGCGGCAAUUUUAUUAUAUAAGAUUUUUUUUUUUUAUUUUUAAAAUUUUUUUUUUGGGGUAGCAAUUCAAUUAACACGGGUGAAAAAACCAACAACAAAAAGCGCGCCAAGAAGGCGGUCACUCAUGGCAAUCGACUGUCUCGUCCUCGGCGCUGGGCAAGAAGUUGGGAAGAGCUGCGUAGUGGUCUCUAUCAAUGGCAAGAGAAUCAUGUUCGAUUGCGGGAUGCAUAUGGGCUAUCUCGACCAUCGUCGAUACCCAGAUUUCUCACUCAUCCUCGGAUCCGGAGGUUCAGGAUUCGACCAAGCACUCGAUUGCAUUAUCAUAACCCACUUUCACCUAGAUCACGUUGGGGCUCUUCCUUAUUUCACUCAAGUUUGUGGCUAUGGCGGACCCAUUUACAUGACGUAUCCAACAAAGGCAUUGGCUCCGCUUAUGUUGGAGGAUUUUCGUAAAGUGAUGGUUGAGCGAAGGGGUGAGGAAGAACAAUUUACUUCUGAUCAUAUAGCCGAAUGCAUGAAGAAAGUUAUAGCAGUGGAUCUGAAGCAGACUGUGCAGGUUGAUAAAGAUCUUCAAAUCCGUGCAUACUAUGCAGGACACGUAAGGCUUGCUCUAGAGCACAUGGUCUCUUCAAAGCCAUUUUUGCCCUCCACAAUAGUUAUAGGAGCUGCAAUGUUUUAUGCAAAGGUGGGAGAUACUGCUAUAGUGUAUACAGGAGAUUACAAUAUGACACCAGAUCGACAUCUUGGAGCUGCUCAAAUUGAUAGACUACAUUUGGACCUUCUCAUAACAGAGUCCACAUAUGCAACAACCACUCGUGAUUCAAAAUAUGGUCGGGAGAGGGAAUUUCUUAAAGCUGUUCACAAAUGCAUUGCUGGUGGAGGAAAAGUGCUCAUUCCUACAUUUGCCCUUGGAAGAGCUCAGGAACUCUGCAUCUUGUUGGAUGAUUACUGGGAGCGCAUGAAUCUAAAGGUUCCAAUUUACUUUUCAGCAGGUCUAACCAUUCAAGCCAAUAUGUAUUAUAAAAUGCUAAUCAGUUGGACCAGUCAGAAGAUUAAGGAGACCUAUUCCACACGCAACGCAUUUGAUUUCAAAAACGUUACAAAUUUUGACCGGUCUAUGAUAGAUGCACCUGGACCUUGUGUUCUGUUUGCCACACCAGGAAUGAUCAGUGGUGGUUUUUCACUUGAGGUUUUUAAGCACUGGGCUCCGUCCGAUAAGAAUCUUGUUACAUUGCCUGGGUAUUGUGUAGCUGGAACCAUAGGACAUAAACUGAUGUCAGGGAAACCUACCAAAAUUGAUCUGGACAAGGACACUCAAAUAGACGUGCGAUGCCAGAUUCACCAACUGUCCUUUAGUCCUCAUACAGAUGCGAAAGGGAUUAUGGAUCUUGUCAAAUUUCUCUCCCCUAAGCACGUCCUACUUGUUCAUGGUGAAAAGCCUAAGAUGGCUACUUUGAAAGGAAGAAUUCAAUCUGAGCUAGGCAUUCCAUGUUAUGACCCUGCAAAUAACGACACUGUGUCAAUUCCUUCAACCCACUAUGUGAAAGCAUUAGCCUCAGACACCUUCAUUCGUAGUUGCUCACAUCCAAAUUUCAAAUUUUUGGAAAAUAGCUUAGAGGAUGGAAAUGGUGGUUCAAGAUUCAAAUUUGGAAACUCUGAGCUGCAGCUACAAGUAACCGACGAAAGGGUAGCAGAGGGAAUCUUGGUUAUGGAGAAAAGCAAAAAAGCAAAGGUGGUACACCAAGAAGAGCUUUUGCUCAUGUUAGGAGAAAAAGAGCACAAAGUUCAGUUUGCUUAUUGUUGCCCUGUUCGUAUUGGCAGCUUAGAAGAGACCAAAAGCACAGAUAUUACUCCUACAAAUAAUAGGUUGUGUGUAACUGGCAGAUGCUUGUGGCUUCGCGUGUUAUUCGCUAGACUUUCGAGUGAAUUUUCCGGUGGGAACAUCCAGGAUUUUGGAGAAUAUCUUCAAGUAGAGUCAUUUCAAGUUUCCAUUUGUUCCAAGGACAACUGCCCUAACAGAAUAACUGAAACUCAGAAAAAUAAUUCUGAAGAUGUUGUGUAUUUCUGCUGUACAUGGUCAAUUGUUGACGAGAAGAUUGCACAAAAAAUUAUUUCAAUCCUGGAAAAUUUCGACUACAGUACAGUACAAGGCACUGGUGGAUUUACUUGAGGUCCAAGUCCAGGAUUUUUUUUUUUUUUUUAAAUGUUAUUAGUGAUUUUGUGCAAUUACAAUUUGUCAUGGUUAUUUAAAGGAUGUUCCUCUUUGCACAUUGCGUUCAAUAUUUGUAUCUCUUUUUGUUUUUAUUUUUUAAUUAAUACAAAUUUUGGUUUUUGAAACUCUAUUGGAAA